CACAGCACAAAUCUGUGUUGAAAUCCUGCAACGUUUCUGUUUUAUACCUUUGCUGUGAAAAUUGUUCUCAAAAUCAUUCCCCAAACUGUGACCAGCAACACAUGUUCAUGGGACAUUCUAGAACAUUAGAGUUGGUGUGGUUUUGAAAUAUUUCUUUUUAACUUCAAAGUAGUGAUGAUUUAGCGAAAUUGAAGUCACCCCACUUCCUUCUAUUGGCCAUUCAGGAGGUUCAGUGACCGGUUUCAUAUCGGAUUUCUGCAAUGGUCAUUUGAAACCAAACAAGGACCUUGUGUACCUGAAGUCAGGUGAUCACCUGCAGAAGGAUUUAAACAAGACAGAUUUUCUCAGAGAAUAGCAUUCUAGAGUUUCCAUGCCCAGCUGAAAGGAUGGCUUACAUUGCAAAGACCUUCUAUGACCUCACCGCCAAGACACUGGAGGGAGAGAUCGUGGAUUUCAACGUAUUUAGAGGCAGGGUGGUCCUGAUAGAGAAUGUGGCGUCUCUCUGAGGAACGACCACCAGGGAUUACACCCAUCUGAAUGACCUCCAGAGCAGAUAUCCUCAUCGGCUGGUGGUGCUGGGCUUUCCCUGCAAUCAGUUUGGAUACCAGGAAAACUGCCACAAUGAGGAAAUCCUGAACUCACUGAAGCAUGUUCGGCCAGGAAGAGAGUUCCAGCCCAACUUCACCAUGUUUGAGAAAUGUCAGGUGAAUGGGAAGGACACUCACCCUGUAUUUGCCUAUUUGAAAGACAAACUCCCAUACCCUGAUGAUGACCCGACUACCUUCAUCCAAGAUCCCAGGUUCCUCAUCUGGAGCCCGAUCAACAGGACAGACAUCUCCUGGAAUUUCGAGAAGUUUCUGAUCGGACCCGAAGGAGAACCCUUCAAACGCUACAGCAAAAACUUUAAAACCAUUGACAUCGAACCUGACAUCCUACGACUGUUGAAACUACCCAAAUAGAAAUAGAAAUAGAAAAAAAAAGAAAGGGGUUUUCUCUGCUUGUCAGUCCCCGGCCUUAUAUCGUCAACAUGGACUAGUAGAAAAUUGGCUUCCUCGUGCACUUGAAUCUUACUACAUGACAGUAUUGUUCUAAAUGCCUUGGGAAGAAUACUUGAAACCUUGUAAAGAUUCAAACACUAUGGAAUUUACUGCUGGAAACCAUUCUGUAACACCACUUUAUCUGAAUAAAAAACGUAGCU